AGCUUCGGGAAGGAUCUGGACGGCGAUGAUAGGGUUGCGAUACUGCUGACCUGUCUGAAUGUGCCUUCUGCACGCGAAGGAUGGAUCGUGAAUGUGAAAGGAUGCUUGCACAGAAGAACGCAAUGUACAUGAUUGGUCGAAGUCGAUGCGAGCGCGGAACGCGUGGUGCGAUUCAGAAGCGAAACCAAUUGAUUCGCAAAUCAGGUCAAGCUAGAAUGAUCGCUAGCUGUCUUGCGGGGAGCAGCAGCAGGAGCAGGAGGUCUCUGCGGAAGUGUCUGGUUCAAUUUAGAACGAUUUCACGCGUUUGCAUCACCGAGCUGCACGAUCGCGAAAUCGCGAAGCCUUGUGAUGAGCGUCAAGCUAUAGAUAAGGCUCGGGAGUCCUGCGCGAUAGCGCUCAUCCGAUUGCCCGCCCAGCACAUAGCAAUCGCUCCACGAUCCUUUCGGUCUGCAUCCUGGAUGCAGGAACAGUCUCGAGUGACUUUUGCCAACGAUCGAUACGAGGUCCACUUGACUGCUCUGGGUCCCGAGGACUGCUUUCACCCGGUGCGCUGUAUCGGGCGGGCGAGGGAGAUUGCGGUUCAUGUGAAGAGAUGAGCCCGCCCGCGCUGUGUGAUGCCGCUGCCGUGGAAUGAUGUGAUUGAUGGCCAUCGUUGCGUUUCAACCCGCAAUCUCUCAAGGGAAAGCGGUCCAGAUUGCCAUUCACAUUCACACCGUGAUCACAGGGUCGCUUUCGAGAUAAAGAUUGUCAGCAGCAGCGAGGCUUGCAGACGCGGUUAUGCUUGGCGACUUGAACACUUGCAGCGGCCCGUCGCCGUAGUGGACGUCCUCGUGGCUGCAGUGGCAGCAGUCAAAAGUCACGAAGGAAGAAUCUGG